AUGGCAGAAGUUAUCACGGCUACCGUGACGGUAAAAGCCUAUCUUCUUCCCAAUGACGAGGAUGAAUCCGACCGGCUAGACAUGGUUCACGAAAUGGUGUUGACGAUUAUGGAUCGAAGACUCUUUUUUGCGCCUAUCAGCGAAGCACCACAGCGUGUGCUUGAUCUUGGUACUGGAACGGGGAUAUGGGCCAUCGACUUUGAGGUAGGCUGUCAUGAUGAGAAUAUCUUACAGCCAGCUAAGCUGUUUAUACAGGUGAUGGGCAUUGAUCUAAGUCCUAAUCAACCAACAAUCAAUGUGGCCCCCGGAGGUUGGGUGGAAAUCCAAGACUGGGAGGCCAAUCUGACCUCUCAGGAUAACUCGACCAAGAACACCUCCCUCGAGCAAUACUACGAUGUUGUCCUCGGCGCAUUUGAAAAAGUCGGUUAUGUAUCGAGUCCAGGGCCGCACCUGGAACAGUGGUUCUGCGAUGUCGGGUUUGAAGACAUCCAUGUAGAGAAGUAUCCAGUCCCCUUGGGAGUAUGGCCCAAGGAUAAAAAGUUGGCAGAGUCCGGAUUUGAAUCUGCCGCCAUGGCCGUCUUAACGCGAUACGAGGGAUGGUCCAAGGAUGAAGUGACGAUUCUCGUUGCAAAGGCAAGAACCGAUGCGAAAAACCGCGACAUUCACUCCUUAUUCCAUUUUCUGACGGUCUUAGCUAUGUGGCCUACGGUCGAAAACCAGAAAGGUCUACGUGAUUCCCUGCGUUACGACACCAGUUGA